AUGACUGAGAGCUUCGUGGAGAUCUACUUUGACAAUGUUGGCGAAGAAAUCCUGGACUUCAAGUUGACUCAACUUGGAGAACGCGGGCUCACUCUUUCUCGUGGCACCAUUUCCAACUACAACCGUGAUGUCGACAUCAUCGGUUUGAAGAACUUCCAUGAAGUUAUUACCAUGCGUCUACAGAUCCUGGGUUUUAAUAACAUCGAUUGGAUUGACCACCUGUCUGAGGUGCGGGCCAUCCUCGUCGACGAGUGGAAGAACGGGAACAUUAUCAUUGGCGACGAGAGUGAAAUGGUUAUCGAUAUAGAUUUUGCUGAUAUUCCUCGUACCUGGAUGAUGUUGUAUUCUGGAGGCAACACGGGAAAGCUAGUUAUGAAGGUGAGGCAUUAG